AUGCGUUUCUGUGUUCAAACAAAAGACCGUUUUGUAGUACGGGUGGUCAAAGUGACAGAGAAAAAGGCGGCUCAGUUAGGCUUUUGUGCGGACAGUUCGACAACAACACCGGUUGAACCACUUAAGGUCAUUAUGCAUGAUGCCCAAAAGAUGCAGAACCUAGAGGAUCUUAUUUUGGAGGCGGUGAGACUGGAAAAUCCCUCCAUAUACAUCGGGUUUCAGGCCCAACUGCCUGCAUUUGCUAUGGGCUAUGUGCUAAAAUCCACAUCUGCAGAUCAGGUGAACACACCUGACGCUCAUCAAGCAUACCGUCAGUGCCGGCUUGGUAAAGGAGUGCGUCUGUGCUUCAGUUGUCCCCUCCUUGGCAAAGGACUUAAUAUCCGCGAUUUCUUCUCUGGAAAGGUGUUCCAAAGGCUGACAAGUUGGGAGAAGAGUUCACGGCAGCCGGGAGUUCUCAAUGAAGUGCUACAGGCAUUGAAAAAGUCCGUGGAUUGGAUGUUGGAGCAGAUUCAGUUGAAUGGCCUUCGCACUGUUCAACCGGAAGUGGAUUACAUAUUUUAUCCCUGCACCUCUCAUCUACUCUCCCAACAACAAGUCAUUCACGCCUUGAGCUGUUCAGCAGAUUCAACAGCCUCAAGGUGCACAGACUUGGUUGUACCCAAUAAUUCAAACAACGUUCUCACACCUCUUCUAACUCAAAAGACCAGCCCUGUUACAAUUCCUCCUGGUAGAGAGAGAGCAAGUCGUCAAUUUUCAAUGCUCACACUGUAUGAAGGCCUUCAACAACACCAUCAAAAUCCACUUCUUGCAUCAGUUAUCAAUUCGUCACGUCCGCUUUCCGCCUACGGCACGUGCUUUGAUGGUAAGAGAACGGAAAAGGCGGCAACAAAGUCAUUGGAUCGACAAAUCUCCUUUUCCGUUGGUGCCUAUGGCUCUCCUCUUCACCAUCUUUCGGAAUAUAGCCCAUAUUAUUCAAGACCAUCAAAGGAUCUACAGCAACAUUCAACAGGGACGUCUUCCAUCAACAGCAUCUCCCAUACCGAUUAUACUGAGACACCCAUCGAUCAAAUGUGCUGUAGACCCUUCGUCAGCAUUUCGGCGAGUCCACCUGCUCAGUGGACAUCGAAUCACACCUCACCCAUUUACUCAGUCCAGGAGAGAGGCGAGGCUACAGCCGCAUCGGCCAUCUACCCUCAAAAAGCGGGUAAAAUCCCCCCCUCGCUUUCCACAGAGAAUGAUUUUAUGACCUCGUUAAUUAAUGAAGUUAUAGAUCGUCUGCAGAAAUGUCCACAUUUACCGCUGGUCGUAAUGCCAACUCAAAUACCUGGCUCACCUCCCAUUGUCUUUCAAUUGCCCUCACCUGAUGUCAUCUUUGUUGGUCUACCAGCCACAAUCGGUCACAAUGGGCAUGAGAGACCACGUUUAGUCACAUCUCCAGCUGAUAGCAGUGCUUUUGUGGUCACCUCAAAAAGGACAUCAAAUAGUUCAGUUGGCCUCCUGCCUCUUAACUACGCCUCGGAGAGGCGGGAUGGGUCAACUUUUACAGUCUCCGCGCCUCAUCCGGGUUGCAUUUUGGGUGUCUCACCAGAGGGUGACCUCUACGAAUUUAAGCCAUCAUGA